CCAUACCCAUAGGCCACAUCCACACUUGUUUGUUGUGUCUUGUGUGCGUGCGCCCACAAAAAGAGAACAUGUCCUUCCACUGCACCAACUCAUGCUCAGUUCCCAACACUCUCUGCACCAUAACUUCACAUAGCAUAUCAAUUCCCAGUCUCAAACUAAAAUGCAACACCAAUAAUAACAGAUUCAAAAUUCAUGCAAAAUCAAAUUCAGAUGAUGCACCACAACAACCCACUUCCACUCCUUCCUCCUUUCUCUCCUUUCUCUGUCCCUUGCUCAACCUUUUCUCUGGAGGGGAUCCUUCUGGACAACGUAAUUUUGCUUUGGAGCUAGCAACAUCUUCCUUGGCCAGCACAUCAAGGUUUGCAUGGGGAAGAAAAUCUGUAAUUGAAAGUGCUUCGAGUGAAAAGAUAGCUUCAGAACCUCCUAUUAGUUUGCAGCUUUUUGAAUUUGAGGCAUGCCCUUUUUGUAGAAGGGUACGAGAGGCCAUGACCGAACUAGAUCUUUCUGUAGAGGUCUAUCCUUGUCCUAAAGGUUCUGUAAGACACAGAGAGGUGGUCAGAAAAACUGGUGGCAAAGAGAUGUUUCCUUUCCUCAUUGAUCAAAAUAGUGGUGUUUCCAUGUAUGAGAGCAGCGAUAUUGUAAAAUACUUGUUCGAGCGAUAUGGAGAAGGGAGAAGUCCAUCAUUAGGACUUUUAGAGAGCACUAUUUUCACUGGAUGGAUGCCAACAAUUAUACGAGCAGGUAGAGGAAUGACGCUGUGGGAACGUUCUAGGGUUGAACCUCCUCCUACAAAGCUGGAGCUGUUCUCCUAUGAAAAUAACCCGGAUGCUCGUAUUGUGCGUGAGGCGUUAUGCGAAUUGGAACUUCCUUACAUUCUUCAAAAUGUAGGAGAAGGAUCACGACGAAUGAAAUUACUGUUCGAUGCUUCUGGAUCUAAAGAGGUUCCUUACUUUGUCGAUCACAACACUGGAUUUCAAUCUGGGGACUACAAGAUGAUCUUGCCUUAUUUGUUCGAAACCUAUUCGUCGGCUAAUUUAUAAUUUCCACUUUCUUCAAAUGAAAAACUUUAGUUCUUUCAAAUCACUGCAAAGCCUAUUAAUAUGUGAUGAACAAAAUCACAGGUACAUACAUGCAAUAGAAAGUUGUAAAGAACUGAUUAUUCAAAAUGGUUAAGUUGAAUGCAUCUCUUAACAUUGUUUCCUAGA